UUGGUUUCUCACAUACAUUUCAAUUUUCUACAGUCAACAGGUGCUUUUAUUGCUGUUUCAAGGUAUGCAAGUGCAACUCCAUUGCCACCUUCAGUUCUGAGCCGUGGUGUCGGUUGGCAGGGGGUAGGAAUUUUGUUAUCUGGCAUCUUUGGGACAGGGAAUGGAUCAUCAGUUUCUGUAGAGAACGCAGGACUCUUAGCUUUGACAAGAGUUGGUAGCCGAAGGGUUGUUCAAAUAUCAGCAGGAUUCAUGAUCUUUUUCUCCAUACUUGGAAAAUUUGGAGCUGUGUUUGCUUCAAUCCCAGCACCAAUAGUUGCAGCUUUAUAUUGCCUUUUCUUUGCCUAUGUGGGUUCUGCAGGCCUCAGUUUCCUUCAGUUUUGCAAUUUAAACAGCUUUAGAACCAAAUUCAUCUUGGGAGUCUCUAUUUUCAUGGGCUUCUCCAUACCACAAUACUUCAAUGAGUACACAGCAUUUAAGAACUAUGGUCCAGUGCACACCCACGCUAGAUGGUUCAACGACAUGAUCAAUGUCGCAUUCUCAUCAAAAGCGUUUGUUGCUGGUUCGUUGGCUCUGUUCUUGGAUGCCACAUUGUACAAGAAGGACAGCCAGACUCGUAAAGACACAGGCAUGCAUUGGUGGGAUAGAUUCAGUUCAUUCAAGACAGAUACAAGGAGUGAGGAGUUUUACUCUCUACCUUUCAAUCUAAACAAGUUUUUCCCCUCUGUGUGAUUGCAUUGGACUAUGCUGCUAGAUAGUUAGUUAUAUUGUGAAAGUAAAAAAAUGUGCACCCUUCAAUGACUCAUUGUGGGUAUUUCAUGUGAUCUUCUUCUAA